AUGGCAUCCAAAGCCAUCGUUCUCAUUACUGGCGGCAAUUCCGGUGUUGGUUUCGGCCUCGCAUCAGAACUCCUGACUCGUGGAACCUACCAUGUACUCCUAGGUUCCAGAUCGAGCGAAAAGGGCCGUAAGGCAGUUGAAGACUUACGGGCUCGCCAUCAGCCCCAUUCGGAAGCCGUGGAAAUGCUUCAGAUCGAUGUCACGGACGACAAUUCCAUCGAAAAAGCAGCCGAGACUGUUCAACGGAACCAUGGGAAGGUCGAUGUCAUCAUCAACAACGCCGGCAUCUCAGCCAUGGAUCUACCUCUCCGACAAGCGAUGCGUGAAGCAUUCGAUGUGAACGCCGCAGGGCCAGCAGCUGUCGUCAAAGCAUUCGCGCCUCUUCUCCAAAAGUCUACCAUGACUUCGCCACCUCCACGGAUCAUCAACGUCAGCAGCGGAGCAGGGUCAAUCAGCAGGUGUCUGGAUCCUACUUCGCCACUGUACGGCAUGCUCGGAUAUCAGUACCGAUCCACCAAAGCGGCUUUGAACAUGGUCACUGCCUGCCACUGGGUAGAGUAUGGACCGAAGAUCAAGGUGUUCGCCUUUGAUCCUGGCUUCACCAUCUCGAACUUAAGCUCUCACAACAAGGCUGAGAAUGGCGCAAGAUCGGCUGAGGAAUCUGCGGGCUCGCUGGUGGAUGUGAUCGAGGGAAAAAGAGACGAUGAGGCUGGGAUGUUUUUGCACAACACUGGCAGGUACCCGUGGUAG